AUGGGUCUCAGCCAGGAGGCGGCGGGGACGGCUGCGGUCGCCCAGAGGUGUGAGCCCCCCGUGCGCCUGCGGGGACUUUUUGCAGCAGGCACUCGCCUUCGCCGCGGGCGCCUGCUAUGCCCUGAUCGAAGAAGAGCCGAGGCGGCGGCUGGCCGGGAGCCCCUCUCCAAAGCUGUCAUGCUUCUCGGGGUGCUUUUCGUGCUUUUCCGGGGUGUCCAGGCGGAGCAAGGUACCGAACAACAGGAGAUAAAUGUUACUCCUUCUUCAGAGUCCUUUACCAACUGGAGAGCUAUAUUAUCACCAACAUGGCCUUCGAGAGAACUUGAGUCUUCCUCAGUGGGUGACAUUUCAAUGAGGCAAGCUUUGGAGAAUGCAAAUCUGCUUCAGAUAAUAAAAAGUACACUGGCAGGGACACGGAUGAGAACUGUUGAUCAAACUAGAUUUUUGCCAAGUUUGUAUCAAGGCAGUGGUAACAGUGCCUCCCAGGAACCUUCUGAGUUAUCAGCUGAAUCAUCAAUGAGGUCUCAAGAUGCUGAUGAAAUGACUAUUGUAUCAGUGUUACCGUCUGUGUCUCCUGGUGUAAUACCAUCUGUAGCAACUUCAGAAGCAGCAUCAGUUACAGGAAAAUCAGCUCCAACAUCACCAAUGCUGACUUCAUCCUUGUUCUCACUGAGUUCUGAAAAUUCGCCAUCUGUGAUGGCAUUAAACACAUUAAUAUCAACACUAGUAAAAAAUAACACUGCCACAAAAAUGGCACCAACUUUAAGCCCAGUAAUGACACAUGCAGCCUUUCCGGUUGUAUCAAGAGGCAAGUCUACAACACCUGUGCACACCACUAGUUCAUUUCCAAUUACAAAAACUAGUACAGUUUCAGCUCCCACGACACAUGUACCAAGACAUACUGAAACAACAAUACUUGACACCAAGAAACCUACAAAUUCAGACAUCACUAAAACAACUGCAUACCCACUGACAAUUACAGCAGCUUUGACAUCUAUUACAGCAUCAGCGAAAACAACUAGACUUCUCCCUACACCUGCUGAAAAAUCAUCUGUUGCUGUUACUACACCAGCGUCAACUGCAACUUUUGCUAAUGUGACAACAGUUCUUCCUUUGGAAUGCCAGCUUUCCAGAAACCUUCUAGUUAAGACAGUUUUGCUUCUGAAUACAAGAAGGCUACUGCUGAGUGACUCCUUGAAACAGAAUGUCACAAAAGGUCUCACCCAGGCACUGCGACAAGCUUUCAACCAAAAUGUUAAUGCUCAAGUUGAAAUUUUGGAACAAUCAAACAACGUGACAGUUGGUUACUAUGUAACUCAAGAGAGACUGGUUUUUAUACCUGCUGUGGUUAUCGAAAUGCUAAUUGCUUAUGGAGUUAGUAAUGCCACUUCGGAUAUUAAACAACACAUGCCAAAUCUUCAUUCUGUUGCUGUAUUAGCCUUGCCAUGGGACACAAUACCAGCCUACCACUUUCAGCUAAAAACAGAGCUGCAGUUUGUGAGUCAGUCAGACAACAUACAGUCAUGCCGAUUUGUUCAGACCAUGGAACAAAGACUGCAGAAAGCAUUUCUGGAUGCUGAAAGAAAAGUCUUGAACACCAGCAACAAGUUAACUGUUCAGAUUUUGAACACAUCUAAUGUUUCUCAGGCUGUCACUCUGUUUUAUGUGGUGAGAAAUGAAACCACAGUCCUAAAUGGCACUGUAUCAAGCCAUCUGCUUAAUCAUCUUUCAGCAGAACUGGUGGGAUUCUAUCUUACUUACCCACCUCUGACUAUUGCUGAAGCUUUGGAAUACCCAAACCUUGAUAUUUCAGAAACAACUAGAGACUACUGGGUGGUUACAGUUAUACAGGGAGUUGAAAUCACUUUGCUGGGGCUGAAUAACCAGAGUUUUGCAAGACUAAUGGAGCGGCGUUUAGCCCCACUAUUCAUGAUGUCCCAUCAACAAGGAAGACGAUUUAAACGGGCCACUACUGUUGGCAGCUACACUGUGCAGAUGGUAAAAAUGCAGCGAAUUCCAGGUCCCAAGGAGCCUGCUGAAUUGACUUAUUAUACUUUAUACAAUGGGAAACCUUUGUUGGGCACAACAGCUGCCAAAAUUCUGACCACUGUUGAUUCACAAAGGAUGGCCUUGACAUUGGGAUAUGUUGUUCAAGUACAAGCUGAUCCUGUAGUGAAAAACCCACCCAACAAUCUGUGGAUUAUUGCAGCAGUGUUGGCUCCCAUUGCUGUGGUUACAGUAAUCAUCAUCAUCAUCACAGCUGUUCUCUGCAGGAAGAAUAAAAAUGACUUUAAGGCUGACACCAUGAUGAACCUACCACAGAGAGCCAAACCAGUUCAAGGUUUUGACUAUGCCAAACAACACUUAGGCCAACAGGGAGCUGAAGACGAGGUUUUACCUGUAACCCAGGAAACUGUUGUACUGCCGCUUCCUGUGAGAGAUGUUCCUGCAUCCCAGGAGAGGGAAAUUGUCCAGGAUGGGAACACAGCUAAAACUGCUAAGUCCAAUGACACAAGAAAGAGCAGGUCGCCUAGUGAGAACGGUUCUGUCAUCAGCAACGAAUCAGAAAAGCCCAGUUCAGGCAGAGGCUCUCCACAGAAAAUAAUGGUGCAGCAGAAAGUGACAAAAGAGGAGGGAAGGAAGAGAAAUGGUUUUAUAUCCUCAAAGAAAAUUGUGCCCAUAAGUGAUGAAGAAGAAGGAGGCAUGCUCUUUGACAGUGUUGCCAAGACUUCCCUUGAUCCCUUUGACACAUCCUCUGGAUCCGUGCAACUAAUUGCCAUAAAACCUGUAGCUUUGCCUCCUGUACAUCCAACAUCAGAUAGGAGUCAGGAAACUGCUAUUCUUAAUGGAGAGGUUAACAAAGCCCUGAAGCAGAAGUCUGAUAUAGAGCACUAUCGCAACAAAUUGCGCCUGAAAGCCAAGCGGAAAGGAUAUUAUGAUUUCCCCCAAGUUGAUAAUAAUAAGGGACUGGUAGAAAGGAAAAAAAAUUAUGAAAAAGCACAAAAUGAAAUAGAUCAUAUUUUGGAUCCUGAUACAGAUGGAUCUUCUCCAUUUGUAGAACCCAAAAACAGGCAGCAGAUGAAGAAUUCAAUUUAUCGAAGCAGACAGUCUUUAAACAGUCCCAGUCCAGGGGAAACAGAAAUGGAUCUUUUGGUUACCCGAGAGAGGCAAAGGCGUGGUAUCCGCAACAGUGGAUAUGAUACUGAACCAGAAAUGAUAGAAGAAACAAAUGUUGACUGUGUUAAUGAGCCUCGAAAUUAUACUAGAGCUCAUCAAGCAAAAGGCCAUUCAGAGACAUCAACUCUGAGUUCUCAACCAUCCAUUGAUGAAGUCAGACAACAGAUGCACAUGUUAUUGGAAGAAGCCUUUAGUCUGGCCUCAGCAGGCCAUGGAGGACAGAGCAGGCAACAAGAUGCUUACAAUUCUACGCAGCACUUGCCAUACUCUGAAGUUGUGACCAGUGCUCCUGGUACCAUAUCUAGACCCAGAGGGGGAAUACAGUGGGUACCUACAUAUAGACCAGAGGUGUAUCAGUACAGUUUGCCAAGACCUGCUUACAGGUUUUCUCCACUCCCUGAAAUGGUGAUGGGUUCUCCACCUCCUCCUGUGCCUCCUAGAACUGGACCUGUUGCUGUUACCUCUCUUAGGAGGUCGACAUCUGAUAUUGGCAGCAAGACAAGAAUUUCAGAGUCCAGUGGGACUGAACAGAUACAGCCGCAUGAUCAUGCCCCUUUUGUCCCAGUAUCAAGAGCCCCAGUAUCUGUGGCUCCAUUGGAUCAAUCAGCUUUGAAUUACUCAGGAAACACAGUUCCAGCAGUGUUUGCCAUUCCAGCAGCAAACCGACCUGCGUUCUCAGGCUAUUUCAUCCCAACUCCACCUACAGCUUACAGGAACCAGGCUUGGAUGUCCUAUGCUGGAGAAAAUGAAUUACCAGGGCAAUGGGCUGAUUCGGUCCCACUUCCAGGCUACAUAGAAGCUUAUUCACGGCCACGCUAUCAACACAACUCUCCUUCAAGGCUUCCUCGUCAAUACAGCCAGCCAUCAAAUAUGCAUCCUAGCCUAGAACAAGCCCCCCUGCCUUCCACUACUGCUUCUCAACAAAGCCUAUCAGAAAAUGACCCAUCUGAUAGCCCUCUCACCAACCUUUCUACAGCUGCUCUAGUGAAGGCAAUAAGAGAGGAAGUUGCUAAGUUAGCUAAGAAACAAACAGACAUGUUUGAGUUUCAGGUCUGA